AUGAAGAUUUUGAUUUUGUUGCUGCUGAUGGAGCAAACUGCAGCUCAGCAGAGAGGUCUGUUUCCAGCCAUCUUGAACCUGGCGAGUAACGCGGAGAUCAGCAGCAACGCCACGUGUGGAGAUCCAGAACCUGAGCUCUACUGUAAACUGGUGGAGCACGUUCACGGGAGAAUCAUCAAGAACUCGCACUGUCCCAGGUGUGACGCCAACUCAGUCCUCUCCAAAGAACGUCAUCCGAUCACCAACGCCAUCGAUGGAACCAAUCAGUGGUGGCAGAGUCCGAGCAUCAAAAACGGACAACAGUUCCACUGGACCACCAUCACACUGGAUCUAAAACAGAUUUUUCAGGUCGCUUACAUCAUCAUCAAGGCAGCUAACUCUCCUCGCCCAGGUAACUGGAUCCUGGAGCGCUCUCUGGAUGGUGUGACCUUUGACCCCUGGCAGUAUUAUGCCAUCAGUGACACUGAGUGUUUGACCCGUUACAACAUCACACCGAGACGCGGACCCCCGACCUACAAGAGCGACACCGAGGUCAUCUGCACGUCCUACUACUCCCGCCUGAACCCCCUGGAGCACGGAGAGAUUCACACCUCCCUGAUAAACGGGCGACCCAGUGCAGAUGACCUGACGUCGGUUCUCCUGAACUUCACGUCGGCUCGUUACAUCCGCCUGAGGCUCCAGCGAAUCAGAACGCUGAACGCCGACCUCAUGACCCUGAGCGACCGCGACCCCCGAGAGAUCGACCCCAUCGUCACCCGGAGGUAUUAUUACUCCAUCAAAGACGUCUCAGUGGGGGGGAUGUGUAUCUGCUAUGGACACGCUAAGAGCUGUCCCCUGGACCCGGACACCAAGAGGCUGAAGUGUGUGUGUGAACACAACACCUGUGGAGAGAGCUGCAAUCAGUGUUGCCCUGGUUACCACCAGGAGCCAUGGCAACCAGGAACUGUCUCUGAGGGAAACAAUUGUGAAAGGUGUAACUGUCACAACAAAGCAGUCGACUGUCUCUUCAAUCAAACCGUGUCCGACCUCUUGUUGAGUUUAAACACUCGUGGCGUUCGUCAUGGAGGCGGAGUUUGUUCCAACUGUCAACAAAACACGGCCGGCAUCAACUGUGAGAUGUGUCGAGACGAAUACUACCGACCUGCGGAGGUUUCUCCAUAUUCAGAUUUUCCGUGUCUUCAGUGUAACUGUGACCUCAGAGGAUCAAAGUCUUCAGUCUGCAGCCGUGACGACUCACAGUCAGGUGUGUCUGCAGGUCAGUGUGUGUGCCACGAGGGUUUCGCAGGUCGACAGUGUGACCGUUGUGCGUUUGGAUACAGAGAUUUCCCUCGAUGUGUGCGUUGUGAGUGUGACCUUUCAGGAAGCACCAACUCCGACCCCUGCAGCCCCUGCAUCUGCAAGAUGAACGUGAUGGGAGCUCACUGCGACCUCUGUAAACCAGGUUUCUACAACCUGAACCACCACAACCCCCUCGGCUGCACCGACUGCUUCUGCUUCGGGGUUUCUGACGUGUGUGAGAGCGCCACCUGGUCCACAGCUCAGGUGUUUCAUACUGAGGCUUGGCUCCGCCCCUCUCAGUCCCCCUACACCCCCCCUUCUUUAAAUGGCAACGAGCUCUUUCUCCCUGGCAACACCUCGUCUGGCCACGCCCACCAGGAAGUGCUUACCUGGGCAGCACCGGCUGGUUUCCUAGGCAACAAGCUCUUGUCUUACGGAGGUUACCUGAACUACUCGGUGGCCUAUGACGUGACAUUGGAUAAUGAAGACCACUCUAUACCCGCCCACUGUGACAUCAUCAUCGAGGGUAGGGGACAGACUCUUCGUCUCUCCCCCCCCCUCGUCCUCGUCCUCUCCCCGCUGGCCGAGCACUCUGUUUCCGUGGCAAUGCUCCCUCAGAAGUUCGUGGACGGUCAGACGGGUGUCCCGGUUCCCCGGGACGACCUGCUGUCUGUCCUCUACCAUGUGACGUCCCUGACGGUCAGAGUUCACCUGAACAACUCCGCCAACUGGCCCAUUCGUCUCAGGUCGGUGUCUCUGGACGUCGCCGACUCUGAGUCCGUCUCUGGCGUUCAAGCUGUUGCCGUGGAGACGUGUGAAUGUCCGUGGGGCUACAGCGGCACUUCCUGUGAGACGUGUCUCCCAGGGUACUACAGAGUGGGCGGAGUCUUGUUUGGAGGGAACUGUAUGCAGUGCGAGUGUAACGACCACGCUACCGAGUGCGACUUCAACGGAGUUUGUUUGGGUUGUACUCACAACACCACAGGUCCUCACUGUGAUCAGUGUCUCCCUGGCUUCUAUGGCGACCCUGCAGAGGGGACAGACAGUGACUGUCGGUUGUGUCCGUGUCCUCUGACAGAACCGUCCAACAGUUUCAGUCCCACCUGCAUGUUGGAGUCAUCAGGUCAGGUGUCAUGUGACCAGUGUCAGGACGGAUACACGGGGUCAAACUGUGAGAGGUGUGCCAGUGGUCACUAUGGUAACCCUCAGACGGUGGGCGGGGCCUGUGUUCGCUGCGACUGUAACGGAAACGAGGACGUCACGGAGACGGGACGCUGUGACAUCAUCACCGGGGAAUGUCUGCGUUGCCUCGGUAACACGACUGGUAGACACUGUGAGGUCUGUCAGCCUGGUUACUAUGGAGACGCCGUGCACGCCAAAGACUGUCGGGAGUGUGGCUGUGUCAGUGGCGCCCUCUCCGGUGUUUGUGAUGUCACAACAGGUCAAUGUACAUGCAGAGAAAAAGUGACUGGACAAACCUGUGACCGUUGUCAGUCUGGGUUCUUCGGGCUGCAGAGUGGGCGGGGCUGCAGGGCUUGUAACUGUAGCCAAUCUGGAUCUCUCUCUGAGUCAUGUGACGAGGCCGGCCGGUGCCGGUGUGUGGUGGGCGUCGCCGGAGACACAUGUGACCGCUGCCAUCGGGGAUACUAUGGUUUCCACGGCCACGGAUGCACUGCAUGCACCUGUGAUCACACCGGUGGGAACUGUAACCCUGACAACGGAGAGUGCAUCUGCCCAAUUCACACAGAGGGAGACACAUGUGACAGGUGUGAGACAGGUCACUGGGGUCACGACCUCACCACAGGCUGCAAGCCAUGCAGUUGCAGCACAGCAGGAAGCUCCGCCCCUCAGUGUGAUGUCAUGAGCGGUCAGUGUCCGUGCAGGGGGGGGUUCUCUGGUAGGUCAUGUGAGCAGUGUGCACCUGGUCACCAUGGCUACCCGGUGUGCGCGGCAUGUGGCUGUGACUUGUCGGGAACAGAAGAGACGUUGUGUAACACGACGCUCGGAGUGUGCGACUGUCGACAAACUGGAGAGUGUUUGUGCAAGGUGGGCGUGUCGGGGCGGCGCUGUGAGGAGUGCGUGUCCGGUUGGUUCGGGUUGUCGACCUUGAAUCCAGACGGCUGCUCGAAGUGUUUCUGUUCAGGUCUGAGUCGAGUGUGUGAAGAGAAGGGAGGACUGAGCAGAACCCCCAUCACCCUGGAUCACUCUCCUGCUCUCUUGUCAUUGGUCAGUCAGUCGAACCUGCAGGGUGUGGUAUCUGGAGUUUACCAGCAGGGCGGCGGCGACAUGCUACUUGACACCCGGCAUCUUAACAUCAGUAGACUCACUGGCCCCCUCUACUGGAGACUGCCCGCCCAGUUCGAAGGCACCAAGCUGAUGUCCUACGGCGGACUGUUGUCUUACAUCAUCACCUUCUAUGCUGAAGACGGUAUGGGACUGUCCAAUCAGGAGCCUCAGGUUCUGAUGAGGGGCGGGACUCUGAGGAAGCUUGUCAUAUACACUGACAUGGUUGCCCCUAGCAAUGGCAUCACCACUCAGCAUGACAUCAGGAUGACAGAGCACAAAUGGAAGUACUUUAACUCGGUUUCAGAGAAGGCGGUGAGUCACUCUGACUUCAUGUCCGUCCUCAGUAGCGUCCAGUACGUCCUCAUCAAAGCUUCAUAUGGGACCAGGCUCCAGCAGAGCAGGAUCUCUAACAUCAGCAUGGAGACAGCGAAGGAGGUGGAGUCAGAGGAAGGGUCAGAGGUCACGGGGGGUGUGGCCAGACUCAUCGAGUCCUGCAUUUGUCCACCUGGAUACAUGGGACUGUCCUGUCAGGAGUGUGCAGCAGGUUAUUUCCGUCAGCCUCAGUCAGAGUUGUCACGUCAGAGUCAGAAGUUGAUGUUUGUUCGUCCGUGUGUUCGAUGUCGCUGCAACAACCACAGUGAGCGCUGUGACACGGAGACUGGAGAGUGUCAGGACUGCAAGCUACACACCAGCGGGCGAAGCUGUGAGCGGUGUGCCCCAGGGUAUUAUGGGAAUGUCAGUGGCUCAAUCAGUGACUGUUCACUUUGUGCCUGCCCCCUACGGGACAACAGUUUCAGUCCGACUUGUGAGUCACAUGGAGCGGUCGGGGACUUUCGCUGCAGCGCCUGUCAGACGGGAUAUGAGGGGAGAUACUGUGAGAGGUGUUCUGUUGGUUACUACGGUAGCCCCUCAUCACAAGGAGGGAGGUGUUCUCAGUGCACAUGCAGCAGGUGGGGCUCCGCCCACUCAUUGUGCGGCGCACAGACAGGACAGUGUGAGUGUAAUCCUGGGGUCAAAGGUCAAUCAUGUGACCAGUGUGACGAGAGACACAUCCUGCAGGGAGGAGAGUGUGUUUCAUGUGACGAUGAGUGCACCGGCGUUCUGCUGACUGACCUGGACCAACUGCACGUCCACUUCCUGUCUGUCAAUGUGAGCGGUGUUACCUUUGCACCAUACCGCCAGCUGGUGGUGCUAGAGAACCAGACCAGAGACAUGCAGGUGAUUUCAUCGGAGAAAAGUUCCGUCGGUGUCCACGUGUCCAGAGUCAAAGACGAGUUGAGUCAUGUGACCUCUGACCUCAGAGCGUUACUACCGCAGGUCACACGUCUGUCUCACCACAUGAAGGAGGUGGACCUGUCUAUCAACAACAGCCUCUCCCAGGGUGCACUGCUGCUGCAGAGGAUCAGCAGCCUUCAAGACAGUAUUCAGGUGCUACUGAAGGAGGCGGAGCAUCUGAACCAGACCACAGAGGAGGAGCCUGGAUCAGCCAAUCAGACACAACAUUUGGAGGAGUUAGAAUUCAUGCUGGAAAGCAUGAGAGCCGUCGAUCUACAGGCGGCCAACGCCACAGCUCAUCAGGAGCUCAGCCUAUCAGAGUCUCUCGCUGACUCGCUGCAGGUGGACUUCCUGUCCAGCAGGGGGCAGAUGGACAACAGGCUUCGCCUCCUCUCCAACUCCCUCACCAAUGCCACGGAAACGCUGCAAAACGCACACAUGCACUUAAACAGUGCUACACAACGAAACACAGAUACACACAAUCUGCUGAACAACACACACACUCUGCUGCCCCAAUACCAGUCUGUCCAUCAGCAUCUGACAGACGAGUGUCUCUCUGUCGAGGGAGUGAUGGAGGAGAAUCAGCUGAUGUUGGACGACAGCAUCAGUUUGAUAAAUGACUUAACAAACACAACCACACAGGUGGAGGUGUUGGCCGGUCAGCUGGAUCAGUGGCGCCCCCUGUUGAGGGAACAGGUGGACAGUUUGGUAGUUGGACUUAAGAUGACAGAUGCUCUGGAGAAUGUUUACCGUGCAGAGAACCACGCCCAUCAACUACAGAGCCACGCCCACUCCCUGCACAGCUCUCUGUUGUCAGUGUGUAACAUGUCCCUGAAUGGAACCCAAUUGGCCCAGAUGGAUAGUGACAUCACAGAGCGAGUUGAGUCCGCCCAGCAGGUGGCAUCGGUUGCCUAUGUCUCCGCCUCCCACGCUCUCAAUAUGACCGCCCAAUCAGAGCCGCCGCUGUCCCAGGACGUCAGAGCCAAUCAGAACAUCAGCUCCGCUGUUUUACAAGAGAGUCGACGAACCAAUGAGACAGUUGAAGACCUGCAGCUGAAGGUCUCCCUGGUCACCAGCAGACUGGGACUUAUCAGAGACAGUGUCCGUAACUCCAGCCUCCUCCUCCGUCAGCCAAUCAGAGAGCUGCAGAGUCUCUCUAACGGUUCAUCUGUGUCACUGCAGCAGGCUCAGCUUCGGACUGCAGCAGUACACUCUGGCCUGCAGGUGGCACUGCAGCAGCUGGAGAGACUCAAAGAUCAGCUGCAGGAUUCUUCUUCUGUGGUAGAGAACACAGUCAAAGCAGUGACAGAGACCAACCAGCUGGUGGCGCACACAGACACUGCUGCCAAUGAUGCGCAGCGUAAGCUUGAGGAGGCGGAGCAUCGUACGGAGCAUCUGAUGGAGCGCAUAAAGCCACUGAGCAUUCUGGGAGAAACCCUGAGCCGCAAUCUUUCGGACAUCAGGGAGCUGAUCGAUCAGGCUCGUCGACAGGCUGCUUCGAUAAAGGUGGCGGUGCAGGCGGACAGAGACUGUGUUCGAUCCUACAAACCUCAGAUUGACUCCAGCAACUUCAACACUCUGAGUCUGAUUCUGAAGACGACGAGUAAAGACAACCUGCUCUUCUACCUGGGCGGCAUCACCACAGUGGACUACCUCGCUGUAGAGAUGCAUGCUGGGAAGGUUUCUCUGCUCUGGGAUUUGGGGUCAGGAACUAACAAACUGGAGCUUCCUGGACUCGACAUAACCAACAACAGGUGGACCAGAAUCAACGCUACACGGUUCGGGGCGCAGGUGUCUCUGUCCGUCCACCAGCUGGACUCGGAGGUGUCCCUGAUGCCCACGGUCACAGGUCGAUCGGUGGGACCGUCCCGAGUUUUAAACAUCGACAGAAACACGGUGAUUCACAUCGGAGGCCUGGGCGCUCACUCUCAGAGCCCCGCGGCGCUGAGGUCAUCGACCUUCCAGGGCUGUUUUGGCGAAGCUUUGCUCAACGAGAGGAAUAUCGGACUGUGGAACUAUGACAGCAGAGAAGGAACAUGUGGAGGCUGCUUCAGCAGUCCUCAGACGGAGGAGACCUCCUUCCACUUUGAUGGAUCUGGAUUCUCAUUGGUCCAGAAAUCUCUGCGUUCGACGUCCACGUCGAUCGUGUUUCAGUUUAAAACUCUGUCGCCGGGCGGGUUGCUGCUCUACCUGGCUUCUAACAACACGAGAGACUUCCUGUCCAUUGAGCUGGUGGAGGGGCGUGUCUGUCUAACCUUUGACCUCGGUUCAGGCGUUUUGAUCCUGACCUCCAACAGGAAGUACAACACAGGAGUUUGGUACAAGAUCACGCUGCAGAGGAACAAACGCAAAGGUUACCUGUCAAUCAUGGCUGCCGACCAAUCAUCAGAGAAGGAAGUGUUGGAGGCGGAGUCUCCAGGGUUUGCCUCCGACCUUAACCGCUCUGACCUCGACCCUAUCUACAUCGGAGGACUUCCUGCCUCCAGACCAAUAAGGAGACAGGUGGUGUCCCGGUCGUACGUCGGCUGCAUAAAGAACGUGGAGAUCGCUCGCUCCAACUUCGACCUGCUGAGAGACGCGUAUGGCGUCAGGAAGGGCUGCGUCCUCGAGGCGGUGCGCAGCGUGUCGAUCCUGUCCGGAGGCUUCGUUCAGAUCUCUCCUCCAUCAUUUAGUCAAGAGGCGGAGCUUCUCUUCUCCUUCUCUUCAAACAACCAAUCAGGAGUUCUGUUGGCUGCCCUGAGUGACGAGCGCUUGCAAAGACAGUACUUCCUGUGUGCUCACCUGGUCCUAGGAGCCUUGGAGGCGGAGCUUGGUGAAGUGGGCGGGGCCACCCGGAAGGUGAAAGUGAUGAAACCGAACGGAUCAUUUGGUGACGGAGAAAAACACUCUGUGAUUAUCACCAUCAACAGGAAGUCUCUGUCCGUGCAGGUGGACGAAGAUCACCUGAAGUCAGUCCCUCUGUUGCCAGGCGGAUUUCCUCGUCUGGCUCCUGCCUCCUUCUUCAUUGGUGGACUGCCCUCAGAAGAGGAGUCCCAUCUACCAAUCAGAUUACAAGACUUAUCCAGGACGUUCAGAGGCUGCAUCCAAGACCUGGUGGUGGGCGGAGCACUUGUCGACCUAUCAGGAGCUGUGAGGUAUGAGGGGGUGGAGCUUGACAGCUGUCUGUUGCAGAAGAGGGUUGGGGCGGUGCUUCCUGAUGACCAGGAUGUAGAACCAACUCCAGACCCCACCCACGUAUAUGUAGCCACGCCUACAUAUCUGAAUGCCCUGACACCUGGAGCGCUCACGUGUGUGUCGGAGGCGGAGCCGAGUUUCCUGUCGUCAGCCGCUCAGUUUGGUUCGUCCAGACACAGUCACAUGACCUUCGUCAUCAACCCCAACUCCGUGAGGAAGAGCGUCUCUGUGAGGUUGUCGGUGCGAAGCCGGGCUGCCGACGGUUUGAUCGUUCUGCUCUCGGACUCAAAACACACAGACUUCAUCGUUGUCAGACUGAUGGGAGGGAGACUGAUGAUGUCAGCUGACCUGGGAAAAGGCCCCGCCUCUGUCACCUCGUCUCUUGCCAUUAAUGACGGAGACUGGCACACUGUGAGUGCUGAGGUCAGCCGGCGCUCUGUGUCGCUGUCAGUCGACGGUUCGAGUCCGAAGUCUGUGACAGUUAAAGGAAACCAGCUGGACGUGGACAACACGCUGUACCUGGGAGGACUCCCACACGCAUACACCAGCAGGAGGAUCAACGUCAGCAGCAGUUUACAAGGGUGCAUUCAUUCAGUCAGUCUGAACGGAGCCAUGUUGGAUCUGACCAAACCAGCCUCACAGGAUAAUGUCACUUCCUGUUUCACUAAAGACCAGACAGGAAGUUACUUAAAUGGCAGCGGCUACGCCAUCCUCAUGCAUGAUGGGUAUAAAGUUGGUUCGGACGUGUCAGUAUCACUGGAGUUUCGAACGAGCCAAUCAGAAGGAGUCUUUCUGGGAAUCAGCAGUGCGAAGGUCGACGCCAUUGGACUGGAGAUGGUGAACGGACAGGUGGUGUUUAAUGUAAAUAACGGGGCGGGACGAGUGUCAGUGCGUUCGAUUGGUCACGGGUUGUGUGAUGGACAGUGGCACCGCCUGCUGGCCAGAAAGACCAAACACAGCCUGAGUCUGAAUGUAGAUGGGCGGAGUUACACCACCCCUAACCCCUACCCACAAUCCACCUCAGCAGAGACCAACAACCCCGUCUACGUGGGAGGGUAUCCAGUGGGAGUAAGACAGAACUGCCUGUCGAGCAGCUCCAGGUUUAGAGGUUGUCUCAGGAACCUCCAGCUCAUCAAGUCUCACGUGAGCAACAGUCUGGACCUGAGCUCCGCCCACUUCCUGUUGGGUGUCACACCUAACUCGUGUCCUGUUGUCUAGCGAAGCGCCGCUUGGCUGUGAUUGGUCCAUAGUCUGAUCUCAUUGA